CGUCGUGAACGCGCAUCGCUUCAUAAACAACAUGGAGGGUCUGAGGCAGAGAGAGGGGCUCAUAAAAGCGGAUUAGAGGAGCGGGGGAGCGAGCUGUCAGCCGGGGGUCGGGUUUGUAUGAGUACAGGGAGCGGUACCGCAGGUGUCCGGGAGUAACAGUGGACGCGGAGAGCUGAGAGACUGCAGAGUGACGGUGCUCGGUCUAUGGGCUCUCAGUCCAGUUCUGGGAUGUCCGGUCGGGGCUCCAGCGGCAACCCAGACCAGUCAGAACCAGAAUCUAACCAGAAUUCCAACCAGAGAGGCCGCCGGCAGCCCGAGAGGCAGGCAGACAGAGCAUCAGCGUCCGAGGAGGACGUUGAUUUAGCACAAGUACUGGCGUACCUACUGAGAAGGGGCCAGGUCAGACUGGUCCAUGGGAGUGGAGCAACAGGACUGCAGCUCGUCCAGUCUGUCUCAGACUCUGAUGAGGACAGUGAUGGAGCCUGGGAGGGACGUCUGGGACACCGUUAUGAUCCUCCGGUGGACUCCCAUCCGGAUACUCAGGAAGUGGAUCGCAGUGAGAUCCGAACACAGAUCCUGCUGGCCACUGCCUCCUCAAAUCUGAAGGGGAAACACAGCUUUACACACAUGCUGAAUCAGAGGGAGCAGGGUCGGUGUCGUGGAUCCAGUUUCUCUCAUGGCGAGUGCAGUCGGAUACGCUCACAUUUUCUGCCCAAUUUUGUGGCUCAUAAGGACACGUACCAUCAGAAAGCUUUCUGUGGAGUCUACAGUGACGAUGGAAAUAUGUUCCUUUCAGCAUGUCAAGAUCAGAAUAUCAGGCUGUACGACACCAGCAGAGGUGGCUUUACACUGGUGCGCACGGUGAAAGCGAGGGAUGUGGGCUGGAGUGUGCUGGAUGUGUGUUUCACUCCAGGCUCACGAUCUGUACUCUACUCCAGUUGGUCUGACUACAUUCAUGUCUGCAGUAUAGAUGGUGAAAGUGAAACGCACACCGCUCUGGACCUCAAUCCAGAUGAACGGAGGUUCUGUGUGUUUUCACUGGCGGCAUCCAUAGAUGGCAAAGAAAUUCUGGGCGGAGCGAAUGACGGAUGCCUGUAUGUGUUUGAUCGUGAACAGAAUAAAAGAACUCUAAAGAUUGAUGCUCAUGAGGACGAUGUAAAUGCAGUUGCGUUUGCAGACAGUUCGUCUCAGCUGCUGUUUUCAGGCAGUGAUGAUGCUGUGUGUAAAGUGUGGGACAGACGCACGCUAAGGGAGGACAGACCACAGCCUGUUGGUCAACUCGCAGGACACAGAGAUGGAAUUACCUUUAUACACAGCAAGGGUGAUGCACGGUAUCUGAUCAGUAACUCUAAAGAUCAAACAAUUAAGCUGUGGGACAUCAGGAAGUUCUCACCUAAAGAGGGUCUUGCUGCCUCGCGGCUCGCUGUAACCCAGCAGAACUGGGACUACCGUUGGCAGCAGGUUCCUCAGAGAGCUCUAAAGAAACAUAAGCUGACAGGAGACACGUCAGUGAUGACCUACAGAGGUCACGGAGUGCUGCACACGCUCAUCCGCUGCCGUUUCUCUCCUGAGUUCAGUACGGGUCAGAGGUUCAUCUACACGGGUUGUUCCACUGGCAGGAUCAUCAUAUAUGAUGUGCUGACUGGCCGUGUGGUGUCCAAACUGUCAGGUCAUGAUGCGUGUGUGAGGGAUGUCAGUUGGCACCCAUUUCAGGACAACAUAAUCAGCAGCUCUUGGGAUGGAGCAGUUCGACUGUGGGAACACAGGCAGACCCACCCGCUGGAUGAAGAGAGCGAUCGAGCACAGGAGCGGAUGAGAGUGAGAGAGGAGAGGAAGGAGUGACAGUGAAACAGAAUUGCAAAGAAAGUGUGCAAUAUCAUUAAACAUGCCUCUGGGCUGGCAGAGUGAUUUUGGAGUGAUGUAAUAUUGAUUUUUUUCUUCUUCCCC